AUGUCGCUAGAAGAAAUCGAAGCUCAAUUGGCGAAUCUACGAGAGCAACAAAAUGAACUUUCCCCCAACGUUCAGCAACGCAACGACCCUGGUAAUGUAUCAGUGAAUCGAGUUGCAGUAAAGCUUCCACCAUUCUGGGCCGAUCGACCAAGUCUAUGGUUUGCUCAGGUAGAUUCCCAGUUCGCCAUCUCAGGCAUCACAAGCGAUGACACUCGGUUCCACUACGUCGUUUCUCAGCUUGAAACACGUUACGCAGUGGAAGUAGAGGACAUCAUCACAAAUCCGCCUGCAACGAAUCGUUACGCGGUACUUCGUUCGAAGCUUAUAGAAAGACUGUCUACUAGUGAAGAAGAAUGCGUUCGCCAGUUGAUCAGUGAUGAAGAUAUCGGAGAUCGCAAGCCAUCGCAGUUCUUACGCCACCUACGUACUCUGAUUGGUCCAGCCCAACUACAGGACAACAUUCUUCGAGCACUCUGGCUACGUCGUCUCCCUGUUAACAUUCAAGCGAUUCUCACAGCUCAAAAUGAACUUAAUCAACUCAACUUCUGA